AAAAAUGCAAAAUUAAACAGUAAUAGAGAUUUUGCUAAUAUAGCUUCUUAAAGUGAACUGAUAAGUAAAUUGAUUGUAGUUUUAAUUUAUAAUUUUAGAAACAUACAUUUUAUUUUCAUUAUUGAUUUUCAAAACUGUAAUUCAUAUAUAGAAGUCUUAUGUUUAUGUAUAUACAUUUGCAUACAUUUUACAGUAUUUUUUCUUUAUUUUCAAUAAAUAUACAAUUUUACAAUAAAACACUGUGUUUUCUUUUUAAAUUAAAAUUAUAAUUUUUAAAAUAUAUUCUUGUGUAGUGAAUCAUAUUAUCAUGUCUAUUUCUGUUCCCAUUAUGCGGUGUCGUUAACAUUUUUAUAUUAAUUAAGUUUAUUCAACGUAAUAAAUACGUCAUAUAAUUUUAAGUUUGGAAACUAUCAAAGAAUACUUUGAUGAAUACAAUCGCGCGCGCGAUUUUCAGUUUUCAAUUAAAUUCUAAGUUUUUUUAAAUUAAAAAUAUUGAUUAAUAAAGUUAUUGUACAAAAUAUAAAUGAGUAGCCACAAUAUUACCUUCUCCUCUAUGCUGGAAGCGGAAGAAUUGCUUGGAGAUUUGAUUGACGUAAAAAAUUCUGCUUCUAGAAUAAAAUCAUGCAGAGAAGGAAGCCAUAUAUCUUAUUUCAACAUUGAACACGGGAUUAAUGUAAUAUACAACGUCGGAGCAAUGCACUUCUCACUGGCUCGGGAUUACCGGAGUAGAGCAAGCGUAAAAGUUUCAUAUCUACCUACGAAAAGCAGCAGGAUACGCCAGGCAUUUAUGGAGCUUUAAUUUACGCGAUUUUAAUACGUCAGUGCAUUUAAGUUGUGCAGGAUAAUGAUCGUUGCUCACGAACGGUUGCGUUGCAAUUCUCAUCGCAUUAGUGGUCCGCGAGCGUCACGCAAUUAUCUCGCCAUACGAGAGAUUUCCUUUUCGCGCGCGGCAAUAAAGCCAACGUGGAUCCAUUAUCUCGCGGAAUUUAUAGAUACCCCUUUUUUUCUUUCCUCGGCUGCUUUUCCACCCCUUAAUUUCGUCCGGCUCUCGGCGAACUAUCGCGGAUUGCUCGCCUGACGCAGAUCGGUAACGUUUAGCGCGCGGCGGACCGUUUGCGCGUCAUAAACUUAAUUAUACAAAACGCAGAGAAAAAGAGAGACAGCAAUGUUAUUUACAACACGCCGCUGAGAAUGGGCAACGUCAAGAGCAUUUUUUUUUCAAUCGCCUUAAUCGUUUGACCAGGAAGAUCCGCAUUACUUUGAGCUUGAUUCAUGUUACCGGAAAUUAUGUUCCAUUUUAUAAUUGAGUUUAGCCAAUCCUUCUCUCAAGUGCGCAAAAUCUUAUGUCAGAAUCGAUGAAAGCGUAAUCGAUGCAGGUAAAAUUAAGAAAUAGGAAAUAAUAAGUAUCUUAAUAUUAAUCUUUUUUUCUGAAACAUCGAGAAAUGUGCAUGGAGUUUCUAAAGAAAUCGUACGCUGUACUUAAACGAUAGAAUUUCUUGAACAGUUAAAAUCUAUUUUGAAAUUCUUUUCUUUCUAAUUCGUGUCUUUUCUUAUUACUCCGGAAUUAUGUUGAUUAUCACUUCGCACUGUUAAAUGUAAGGAAAUAUUCGAAUGCACGAAACGAGAGACUCCUAUUCUGACUCGUUUUUUUGCAUCAUGUGUGUGCAAUGCUAUGUAAUUCUAUACUUUGUUGUAUCGCAAUGAGAAUUAUUACGGGCAUUUGCUGCCACAUAGCGCGCUUUCUUUUCGUCUCUACCUCGUCGUUACUCCUCAUUUGAGACAACUUAAGUGCAUACGCGAACCUUUAACGGUUCCACUUUGGCGUUCUGAAACGCGCGAUUCAGCUAAAAAACACCACGCCAAUGUUUCUUGUUACGUCACCGUUAGUCUCGUUAAAAUACUCGGGAUCACAUGGAGCCUAACGAUUUCAUCAUUCUGGUAUUUGAAUUCUGAAAAAUCGUUUCGGAGAACGUGAAGAUUAAACGUUUUUUAACAUGUUUAACCCUUUUAUUUUUUUUAUCUGAAAGAACACAUCUAAUGUGUAUAAUACCAACUUUUCCUGUACUAAAUAAUUUGUUAAACGGAUUAAAUAAAGGAGUACCACUCAUAGAGAAUUUUCUCUUAGAAUGUACCUACAAAGUUGUGAUAGUCGUGGACUCUGAAGAAUUUUAAUAAAAUUUAAAAAAUCCUGUUAAAAUUUAGACAAAGUAUUUUCUAUUUACUACUUAAAAUAUAUAUUAACUAUCUGCUAAGGUCGGGUUUAUAACGUUUUUAUUCACUUUCAAAAUUUUUUGUCUUCUUCAAUUUAUAAUCACUUUUCUUUGUAUGCAAUUUAUAUUACUAAGGUAUGUGCAAUCGUUCUCUGUAAGUUUGAUAAAUUAGAUUUUUUAACUGCAACAGUUUUAGUUGUGCAAAGAAUUGUAAGAUAAAAACUCAAAUAAAAAAUUAUUGUGCACAUUGUCCAAUAUUGUGAAGUAAUUAAUUAAAUAAGAAAUAUUGGUAUCUUUUGGAUUCAUAAAUAUUCUGAGUUUUCGAUCCUUCGCGAAAGCAAUUUUAUUCAUCCUUCCUCGAGUGGGAAGUCUUUUGUCCUGCAUUACCUGAGAAUUACUCUAAAAGUAGGUAGCCACCAUCCGCGUGCCCGCGUCACCAAUUACGUUGGGGCGACUACGGCUAUAUAGAAGAGCCACGCCGACUCCGCCGGCUGAUUUCUACGAGUAAACUCGACGCGACAAUCCGCGUACAUCUCUCUCCGCACGCACAGCCAUGAGACUACCAAUUCUUCUUACUGUGGUGAUAUCAAUUGUGUGGGCGAAAACAGAAAAUGUAGGAAGGUCUGCUCGCGCCCCACAGGGGCACAUCAAGUACGUUGAUAAUGACGAUUCGAAGAUCACCUGGGAGAUUCUCGUGCCCCAGAGCGAACUGCGGUCGCAGCGGGCAUACGCUCAGCGACCUCAGCGCGCCGAGGGCGGCUCGCCCCAUCGUCUUCGACAGGCUCAGCAAUCAGCCCUGCAACGUGCUCCGGCGCCACAGCCUCAGCCACAGCCCCAGCAGAUUCAGCAGGCCCAGGCACCGCAAUACUACAGCUAUAAGCCGUACUCGGCGGUGCCAGGUCACAUCAAACAGCUGAUCAAUUCGGUCUAUCAACCGCAAGCUCCCUACGUCGAUCCCACGUCCUUCAUUUACGGUGGCAACCACUUUGCGGCGGCGCCACAGCAACGCGAGCCUCAACCGGUUCCGGCCGCCUCCGAAAUUCCCCGUGGUGCCUACUUGCAACCGUCGACGAGAUACCAGUCGAUUGAGCCUAGAGAACUACCGUCCAGAUAUCAGUACAGUAGCGACAGGAGAGUUGGACGUCAGGAUAAAAUCGUCUACAGAGAGGAUUACGAACAGCAGCAACGGCAGCAACAACAGCUGCAACAAGAGUACGAGCGGCAGCAACAGCAACUGCAACAGCAGUACCAGCAGCAAGAGCAGCAACAACAGCAGCAGCAGCAGCAGCAGCAGCAGCAGCAGCAGCAACAACAGCAGCAACAACAGGUCGCAUUUCCGUUGAAAACCAUACCCGAACCUCCGCUACCUACUCUGUAUUUGGACAGGAACAUGCCUUCGGAGAUCAAGCAAUUACUGCAAUAUCAGGCGCAGAUACCGUAUGACGUAACAGCGAAUCGCAUUCAGUUCACGCCGAAGAGUGUUUUCAUCCCCAAACCGUUGUCCGACGAUAUCAAGGGGCCUUAUUACUAUCGUAGCAAGGUUUACUAUCCGGACGAUGACAAUGUCGACGCGGAGUAUCGGCAGGCUAAGCCGGUCGAUGAGAAACAGCGCCAUUGACCGCGAAUUGUGGCCUAUGUAACACGAUUUAUAUAAUUUAAUAUUUCCUUUUCUUUCGGUAAGAUUCUCUUCGAAGAAAAGACAGCUGGCUUCAAGACGCUCGAAUUGAAUCCCGUUUUCACUCGCGGAUGUAGUUUCUUGAUACCAUCAGCUUUUGUUAAGAUGAGUGUUUUGCACGCUUUAAAUUAUUGUAUCUUGUUGACAUUUUAACGACGUAUGUCCCGUACUACUGUGUAUUUGACAGGAAGCCACUGCGAUUUUUCUCUUUGGCGAUCGAAAAUGAAUGUUCGACACCUGUCAAAUAGAAUUAGAUGUACUAAUUAGAAAAAAAGUUUAUUUAGAGUUAAAUACAGUUAAUGUAAAACAAUUUGUUGAAAAGAAAAUUUUUCUUUCAAUAAAAUUGAUUUAAAAAAUGCCUAAUUGAAAUUUACUGGCGUUUAUUAGACACAGUAAUUAAUGAUGUGUCAUAACUGAAAAUCCAUUAAGAUAGAAUUGACAGAGUCGGUCCAUUAGAUCUCCUUUCGAUUAAUUUUCUGUUCAUUUUUCAUUUCACUCAAUUAUAAAAGUGUAUCGAGUUUUCCGUAUGUGUGUAAGUUAGAUAAUGCUUGACUGCACGGUAAAGCGAAGAAUGUAAUUUUUUGUAUGAAAUAAAUCGUUUCCGCUUCUGG